AAGUAGGAAGCGUCGGGUCGGGAGCCGCGCACGGACCCGGGUGCGCGUCUGCCGCUGAGCGGACUCGGGUCCGCGAUGGCGAUCGUCGAAGGGGAUGUCCCCUCGUCAUAAAUUCAUUUGUGAUCUCGUAUCGCAUCCGUGCGCCGCGUCUCUGUCCAUUGAGUGUCAGCUUCCAACUGUAUUUGCAAGCGCAUUAGCUCGCUAUGACGUUGCAUUCCCCGUAGUGCGCCCCGAUCCACUCGGGGACUGCCCGUCGUAUGUAACGCAUACGGAGCCGCCCAGCGGCCAGCCCGACGCGUGCUUCGAAUUCGCGGCGCUUCGAGCACGUUUUGUGAAGGGCGGUGCCUUCUGCUCCGUGCCUGUCCCCCUUUGGCAUGUCGCCAAUUUCCUAUUUUUGGCUCGACGCGCAGCCAGCCCGAUCUGGAUGCGGUGUCCUAUAUUCGACGACGCGCUGCGCCGCCGCGAGCGUACUUGGGCAGCAUUUGUGACUGCGUGGACGGAUAGAAGGGGUCGUAGUCGCGUGCAGGGCACGCUUGCAGCUGCAUUCGUCAAUGCGGAGUGUACCAAGCACAUCUUUGACCAUGUUGCCCAAUCUUAUACGACACAGAAGCCAGACAGACAGAUAGCACAGAUAGGACUAUUGCACCCACCUCAACGACCGCGUCGACGCUCCGCCGUCGCUGUCGGGCAGCAACUGAGCAAGGCAUGCGGCGUUAGACCUCGCGCGACGGCAGAACGGCGCACCGAUUCCUGUCAGAUCAGAGGCGACGUCGACGGAUCUCGCGUGUCCAGAACGUUGGUCCGGCGCGCCGCGCCAAAAAUAGACGUCCCCCGAUUCGGCGCGACGUCGACCGAUCUGAUGCCGAUUCCCCGCCCGUGGCUCGCCAGAUUCGGCGCGCCGCGCACGGGCGAAAGUGGACGGGAAAUUACGACAUUUUCCCCAGGAGCGUGCGGCAGGCGUGCGAUUGGUCGCAGGCUGAGUCUGGGCGCUCAGCCAAUGGGGCGAGGGUGGGUGGGAGGUGGUUGCGGCCAAGGCUCGAAGGACGAGGACAGGGAGCUGUAGGAGGGUUCUUGCGCAGCGAGAAGCAGAAUCACCGUUGACGACGUCCGGGAGGCGCGAUUCGGAGGAUCUUGGCUGGAGCGACAGUCAAAUGGGCGGGGUCGUGUGAUGGCGUGUGCAGGUACGCUCGAGAGUGGGAGAGUACCUACAGCGGUGGGGAAUAUACGUCGGCCAUGGUAUAACAUUUCCUAGCGUGACCUGCAGGGGAGCGACUGGGGUCUGGGGCAGGAGAGUGAGGUCAUGCUGAAGUCUGGACAC